AUGGCCAGCGGGUCGAGAUGCGCCGGCGGUGGGCGCGACGUGCGCAAGGAGGCCGACUGGGACGAGAUCGCGGCCAUCAUGGCCCACGUGCGCAAGGUCGGGCGGCCCCCCCCGGACGACGAGGAGCUGCCACAGCAUCCCACCCCGCGGCUCAACCACGCGGUCCGCCAGCUCGGGCGCGACGGGCGCGUGAUGGAGGCGCGCGAGCUCGUCACGUGGAUGCUGCGCGCCGGCCGCGCGAACGAGCACACGUUCGCCAUGUGGUUCGAGGCGCUCGGGCGCGCGGGCAGUGCCAGUGAGGCUCUCCGUGGUUGCCUCGCGCUGUUCAAGGCUGGCUCGCGCCGCGGGGGCGCAGCGGCCGGCGCAGGCGUGCCGGGCGCAGCCCCGACGGGCCCGCUGUCGGUGCUGUACGACGGGCCGCCGCCGGGGGUGCCGAGGGUGCGGGUUGGCAGCGUGGCGGCGAGCGCGGCGAUGAACGCGGCGUGCCUGGACACGUCCGUGCCGCUCGAGGACGCGCUGGAUUUCCUCGCCGCGGCGAAGGCUGCGGGGAUGAAGCUGAACGCGCGCACGUACAACGCCGCGCUGCACCGGUGUGCUAUCGACGGCAACGCGCAGGAGGCUCUGUCGGUCCUGAGCGUGAUGCAGCUCGAGCGCGAGAUCGGCAACGUCGAGCUGGACACGUACACGUACGCCGCGGUCCUGCGCGCCCUUGACGCCGGGGACAUGGCCGCGGCCGUGCGCCCGGUGUACGCCUCGAUGCGCGUCGACACCGCGGCGAAGCUGCUGCGGCCGGACGCGCCGCUGAUGUCGCACGUGCUGCACCUCGCGUCGCUCGUGGGCGAGGUCGCUCUUGCGGAGGACGUCGUGGGCGACAUGGACGCGUGGGGCAUCCCCUGGACCCUCGAGGUGCACAACGCCCUGCUGUCGGUGUACGGCCGCCAGGGCAACCUCCCGGCCGCGCUCGACUGGUAUCGCCGGCGCGUCGUCGGGGCCGGGACCGACCCGGACGUCCGCACCGCCGUCCACCUCUGCGUCGCCGCCGCCCGCGCCAGCGCAUCCAUGGCGGCGGUGUUGUUGCUGCUCGACGAGCUGGCCUCUGACCUCCCGCGCGACACCCGCGCGACCAGCCCGCUCGCCGGGGCCGUGCUGUCGUGCAUCCGCGACGCCAAGGACCACGCCGGGCCGGACCGGAACGACGCGAGGGGGGACGAGAUCCUCCGGUGGUACAAACACGCGCGCCGAGCCGGGGUCCGCCUCCACGGGCCGGUAUAUCGCCUGGUCGUGUCGGCGCUGGCGUCCGCCGAGCGCGUGGACGACGCGGAGCGCGUGUUCGCGGACAUGUCGGCGGCGGGGAUCGUGCCCACGACGACGUGCAUCACGACGCUGGCGAGCGCGUGGGAGUGGACGGCGCACGUCGCAGGCGACGACGCGGCGCGCGCGCGCGCGGCGGAGAGGGCGGCGGAGCUGCGGGAGCUGCAGGGGAGCCUCGUGCAGCUGCACGGGGCGGACGUGAUGGCGGAUGACGCAGACGCGGGGCCGUGGGAGGCGGAGUCGGGCGGGUGCAGUGCCCGGCGGCUCCUCACAGGGCCGCCGUGA